AUGGAAACGAAUUGUAUCCAGGAUGAGGAUUUAUAUACAAUUUCAAAGAAAAAAGCCAUGAUAUUUUUUAUAAUAUCAUUAUUUUUAGCUUUUUUUAAAGUAGUAUUGUUUAUAUUUGAUACUUUAGCAUUUUGUAUUUUAAUUAUUUUUAUUUUACUUUCCAUGUUUCUUGGAUAUUCAGGCUUAAUUUCAAGGAACCCAUCUUUGGUGUGUGCUAAAGCAUACGUAGGCGUAGUUUUCUUUUGUAUUAUGCUGGACUUUUUAAUUUCUUUUCUUUGUUGCUGUUAUAUAUAUAGGUUAGCAGUUGGAGAUUAUGAUUAUAUGCAUAUAACAAAAGUGGACUAUAUUUAUUCUUAUUUUAUUUUUAUUUCAGUUGUUGUGUUUUGUUUGCUUUCAACAAUAAUUAACAUUUUUUCAAUAUAUUAUACCAGAAAGUUUAAAAAAUUAAUUAUACCAUUUCAAAUGAGAAAUGAAAAAAAAGACGUUUGUCUUGUCUAA